CCAGCCAGAGAAACAGACUGGCAGGUCCUGGGGGCUCCGAAGAACGACCCUUCCCCUCCACCUCCACCCCCUCCUUCAGAGAACUUAUCUGAGCUGGAGCUACUAGAGUAGCAAGGAGUGUGUGUGUGUGUGUGUGUGUGUGUAACAACAAAGACUGGGGGAAAGAGGAGAGAGAGAGGGAAGAGAGAAGGGAAAGAGAGAGAGAGAAGAGCACAGGAGCGAGAGAGCAAGAGCGUGUUUUGCCUGGAAGGCAAGACUUGCAGCCAAUCAGCGCAUAGGAGCCUCCCUCGGCGACUCCAAAAUUGAGUCUAUAACCGGCUGGCCGGGCGGAGCUGGCAGCAUUUGACUGUGGCUUGGGACGCGAGGAGAGGCGCGCAGCGACCGCCUGACGGCCCGCGAUGGUGUAAGCGCCUCUCGGCCUCCCCCUCCCCUAGACGCGGCCGGAUCCUCCCCUCGCCCUCUGGACACACACCCCUGCCUCGUCUUCUCCGCUUUACCUGCUCUCCCAUCCGCUCCUGUCCUCCACGGAGGUCAGCGCUGGGGAGGUGCAGCGCCCGCCAGGAUGAGUGGCUCCUUCGAUCGCAAGCUCAGCAGUAUCCUCACCGACAUCUCCAGCUCCCUUAGCUGCCAUGCGGGCUCCAAGGACUCGCCCACCCUGCCCGAGUCUUCUGUCACUGACCUGGGCUACUACAGCGCUCCCCAGCACGAUUACUACUCGGGCCAGCCCUAUGGCCAGACGGUGAACCCCUACACCUACCACCACCAGUUCAAUCUCAAUGGGCUUGCAGGCACCGGCGCUUACUCGCCCAAGUCGGAAUAUACCUACGGAGCCUCCUACCGGCAAUACGGGGCGUACAGGGAGCAGCCGCUGCCAGCCCAGGAUCCAGUGUCGGUGAAGGAGGAGCCGGAAGCUGAGGUGCGCAUGGUGAAUGGGAAGCCCAAGAAGGUCCGAAAGCCGCGCACGAUCUACUCCAGCUACCAGCUGGCCGCCCUGCAGCGCCGCUUCCAGAAGGCCCAGUACCUGGCGCUCCCUGAGCGCGCCGAGCUGGCCGCGCAGCUGGGCCUCACGCAGACACAGGUGAAAAUCUGGUUCCAGAACCGCCGUUCCAAGUUCAAGAAACUCUACAAGAACGGGGAGGUGCCACUGGAGCACAGUCCCAAUAACAGUGAUUCCAUGGCCUGCAACUCACCACCAUCACCUGCCCUCUGGGACACCUCCUCCCACUCCACUCCAGCCCCUGCCCGCACUCAGCUGCCCCCGCCGCUCCCGUACAGCGCCUCCCCCAGCUACCUGGACGACCCCACCAACUCCUGGUACCACGCACAGAACCUGAGUGGACCCCACUUACAGCAGCAGCCGCCUCAGCCAGCCACCCUGCACCAUGCCUCCCCCGGGCCCCCGCCCAACCCUGGGGCUGUGUACUGAGCACCCACCUGGCCUGCACAAAGGACCCCAGGACCAGGCAGAAGGCGCCUCCGUCCUAGCCACUCAGGAAUCAUCAAGGAGCACAGGGGAAAGGAACUCCCUUUCCCCCUCCCUUGCCUUUUCCUCCAGGGACCCAAGUGCUUCCAGAUGACAUUUGCAUGGACUAAGGAUGCCCCUGAACCUCCCUCCCCGUGCCUAGACACUGGGGUGCCCCUCCAGAUGUGGGGGCAUCCACCCCAGUGGGGACAGCCGUUCCCCUGCCUGCUCCAGGAGCCUGGUUUGGCUUUAAAUGGCUCAUCACCUUCCAGCUUCUUAAACUUAGUGCCUGUUCCAAGACUGGAGACCUUGGGAUGUGGGAGACUGGAGGGUUUGCGGGUCCCACCUGUGCCAGGGCACCUGGCACCAUGGAUCCUAAAACUCGCCAGGCCUAGUUCCUCCUGAGCCGCCGGUGGUCUACCCCUGCUCCAGCGGCGACCUCUGCUAAAAAGACAGUGGACACAAUGACUAGGACUCCCAGUGGGGACCUGAACUGCUCCCCGCCCUGCACUUCUAGCCCUCAUUUAAGAUUUGAGGGUGAAACCAAAGAAAACCCCAAAGUGAGGGAAUCUUUUGAGAUUGGUGGCUUUAGAGGAAAGAACGAAAGGAGCCAUCUCUCUCCCGCCUCCGUUCCCAGAGGAGGAGUGGGUCUCAGACGUUUGUUCCCAAGGACCUCUUUCUUCUUCUGUGUACAGGACUUUGCACAACUUUGGUUUUAAAAGCUGUUGAAAAAUAGGAAAACAAAGGGCAUUGUUCACAGAUAGGGCCAAGUCUCCCCUUGCACUGGUGCCUCCGUUCCAUCCCUGCCCCCACCUCACCUCCUCUACUCCUCCAGUAAGUUGGCAGUUUUGGUGCCAAACCCCAAAUCUCCAAGGAGACAUACCAGGCAAGACAAACCCCUAAACACCCGCUUUCCGGCGGCCUUGGAAACAGACUGCUCCGAGCUGGAGAAUGUCGGGUGAGGUGCGCAGGAGAUGAGGGGAGAGUUAGAACUUGUGCCUUUAGGAGUAAAGGGUGACUGCCUGGAGGGCUGGUGGCGCUGCCCCUCCCUGACCCAGACAUCCCCCCCAAAGCUAACUUUCCUCCACCCCGAUGCAGUAAAACAUGAAAAAAAAGGAGAGGUAGAAGACUGUAGCUAUAUAUUUAAAUAUAUAGUAUGUAUUUUUUUUUAAGAGCAACAGAGAGAAGCAGCCUCCUCCCUGCUGUGGCUUCCUAUUUAUGUGAGCGUGUACCUCCUGGACGGAUCUCCCUGUGUGUUGCAAGCUGAGAGAUGUGGGCUCCGGCUGGAUUUGGGUUUUGUGGGAGGUGCAGGGGCCGAGAGAGACAUGGUAGGUCUCCAAGAGUCCCACCGGAGGUGGGGGGGAAGAAGCAAAGCCAACUCCCACCCCUCCCAGCCUUCUCAUUUCUGCUUUCUUACUGGACCCAUCUUUAUAUAUAAUGUUAAUAAAAAAGAAGAAAAUAA